AAUGGUUUCUGUAUUGCAGUAUUAUAACCAUUUUGAGAACAGUUGUUUAAGAUGACAGCAUAUCAUAAUGACAAAAGUUGUUCAGUCAUUUUGAAAGAGGUGGUGAAAGUACUCAUAGAGAAAAACCAAUACAAGGAGGAAGAAGCUCUUAUUAUUUGCAACAAGUUUCAGGCAAAGCUAGGUUGCGAGACUCUGGAUUCUUCUACAAUGACCAUUGAUGACCUUCGUGUUCAGCACUGGGAAGAUGCUCUGCAAGAAGUUAGACAGGGAGACCAUAAAAAAGUGGCCAUGGACUGCUACACUUUGUGGAAAACGAGACGCCUUCAGCUUCUGACAAUGUCAGAGAAUACUAAAGAUAUGCUGUGUGAACUAAGAAAAUCAACUCGCUUGGUUCUCCUCACUAAUGGUGUGGGGCAGGUCCAGAGAGAGAAAAUUGAGUCCUGUGGUGCACAGCAGUUCUUUGAUGCUGUUGUGGUUGGGGGAGAACAUGCUGAAGAAAAGCCAGCACCUUCCAUUUUUUACCACUGCUGUGACCUCAUUAGAGUGUUGCCUGGGGACUGUGUGAUGGUCGGGGACAAUUUAGAUACAGAUAUCCAAGGUGGACUUAAUGCAGGCUUGAAAGCAACCAUUUGGUUAAAUAAAAAUCCUUCAAUAAUUAAAGUCAGUCCAACUCCUCACUACACCGUGAAAUCUGUAAUGGAAGUUCCAGAUGUCCUCAAAAAUGUAAAAUAGAAAUGUAGAUCAUGUCAGAACAGACAUAUGGAAAACUGCAGAUAAUUUAGCAUUGAGGGCUUUGUAAAUGGUGCUUUAAAUAAUAUCUGUUCCCAGCUGUAAGCUCAUUUCAUCUAAAGCCAAAUAACAGCUGCAUCAGGUUUUGGUAACAUUACCAUGGCUCCAUAAAAUAUACUAUGUGAUUACAUUUCGUGUUUAACAUACAUGUAAACUUUUAAAAAAAAAAAAAAAAAUAAUGCAAAGACAAAAUUCACAUGAUUGUGUCCUUAAAGUAGCUAAAUAUAAAUAUGUAAUUUAUAUGUGAUCAAAAAUCUAUAUUAAACAUUCCAUGCUCAAAAAGGUCUGUUUUUUUGUCGAUAUGUUAAUGGUUAGUCCCAUGAAGGGCUUUAUCUUAUAUUAUUGCCUACAUGUGGCAGACUAACAUUCACCUUCAGUGGGCAGAAAGUUCUAUUGAGAAGCAGUCUUUGAAAACACUGUGCGUCUCAGAAUUGCCUGCAGUUAUAGGCAGCCUAGCACAUACCUGUGUGAUGUCCAGCUCUGGCUGUAGGCCAGACAUUAGCACCAAGGGCCAUUUAUGGGAUAAGUCCUGGAACCAGUGUGUAGGGGAAAUUUUGGUUUUAUACUAGGGAGCGUUUAACCUUUUGGAUUAAAAAACUGGACACUCUGGCACCAAGAGGGUUGAAUGAAUAUUGUUCCUUUAAUUGUUUUUUGCCAACGAGGUAAAUUAUGUAACAAUAAGAUUUUUAUGAAUUUAAUAGUAUUCAUUAACUGUAUGGAUAGUUUUCCCUUUAUCAACAAUAUCUGUAUGUGUUAUACAUGACGGGUAGUGAAAUUGGGUUGUGGUUAUGCAGGUUGUGGGAGGGGUUAUGUAUAUUGUAUUAUAUAAAGUUUUAUUGUGUGUAUGAUUUUUUUGUGGUUUAACAUCUUGAUAAAGGUCCUAGACCUGAACCGAAACGUUGAUGUUUUUAAUUUUGUAAUGUAACAAUAAAUGAACUGAAAGGA